GCCAUCGUCGCCGGCCCCGGGGGAGGUCGUGUCCACGCUGCGGGGUGUGGGGGCCCCCCGGGUCAUCCCCGCCUCCAGCCCCGGCCACAGUCGGAGGCUAGUCCCAAGGUUUAGGGGAAGGGAGCGACCCCCCAUUCCCCGGAUGAGGAAACUGAGGCCCGGAGAGGGGAAGUGACUUCCUCAAGGUCACACCACUGUCCAGGUGGCAGAGCAGGAUUCGAAUCCGAGGCCCUUCGACUGCCCAAGCUCCGCAUUCUUCUCUGUCUGGCGAGUUCCGCGUUCUUCAGAAAGUAGGCAAAAAUGCCUAAAAAAAAGACUGGUGCGAGGAAGAAGGCUGAAAACCGUCGAGAACGUGAAAAACAGCUGAGAGCAGCAAGAGGCAAUAUCGAUUUAGCUAAACAUCCAUGUAACGCUUCAAUGGAAUGUGAUAAAUGUCAGAGACGACAGAAGAAUAGAGCAUUUUGUUACUUUUGUAAUUCUGUGCAGAAGUUGCCCCUGUGCGCACAAUGUGGAAAAGCAAAAUGUAUGAUGAAAUCUUCAGAUUGUGUCAUAAAGCAUGCUGGUGUAUAUAGUACUGGCCUUGCAAUGGUGGGUGCUAUCUGUGAUUUCUGUGAAGCUUGGGUUUGCCAUGGGAGGAAAUGUCUGAGCACACAUGCUUGUACCUGUCCUCUUACUGAUGCAGAAUGUGUUGAAUGUGAAAGAGGUGUAUGGGACCAUGGAGGCAGAAUAUUUAGCUGCUCUUUUUGCCAUAACUUCUUGUGUGAAGAUGAUCAAUUUGAACAUCAAGCCAGCUGCCAGGUUUUGGAGGCAGAAACAUUUAAAUGUGUUUCCUGUAAUCGGCUGGGACAGCACUCCUGCCUCCGCUGUAAGGCUUGUUUCUGUGAUGAUCAUACAAGGAGCAAAGUGUUUAAGCAAGAAAAAGGAAAAGAGCCUCCAUGUCCUAAAUGUGGACACGAAACUCAAGAAACUAAGGAUCUGAGCAUGUCAACACGCUCCUUGAAGUUUGGCCGGCAAACUGGAGGUGAAGAAGCAGAUGGAGCUUCUGGGUAUGAUGCCUAUUGGAAGAAUCUUGCAUCAGGAAAGUAUGGAGAUACAGGAUACCAGGAAGAAGAAGAUGAUGACUAUGAAGCAGAAGAGGAUGAUGAGGAAGAGGAUGAAGGAGGAAAAGAUUCAGAUGCAGAAACCACGGAUCUAUUCACCAAUUUAAAUUUAGGAAGGACCUAUGCCAGUGGCUACGCUCACUAUGAGGAGCCUGAAGACUAAGAAUUACAUGUCUUGCACAUGGGUGGCAUAAUACGUGACAGGAGCACAUGCUUGUGUGUGUAUGUGUGUGUGUGUAUGUGUGUGUGUGGUGAAUUGUGUAUAUGCAGUUUUCAAAAGCAGUAGUUAGGUCUUGUGCUAAAGGGUAGCCAUACUUAUUAAGGGGAAAAGGGGCAUAGGUCUUCUGUAGAAAAUGCAAGAUCAGACUUGUAGCACAAGGAAAAUGAGUUGAGAGAAAAAUGAUUAUUCUUACUCACCCAAGUAUUGAGGCAUCAUGGAUGAGGUUAUUCCUGAUUAUUAUCUUAUGGCUUCACAACAGAACUGGGAAUAUGGGAAUGGUAGUAUAGGAAGAUAAUUGUAUUUGUUGGAAAUUAAAUUUUCAUUUUUCUUAAUGGUAUCUAAUUCCAUGUUGUUAUUUCACAAGCUGUGUUAUUAACAGAAAUUCAUUAAUGUAUUUUCCUCAUGUCAAUAGAUGCCAGAGUUCUGGUAUAUAAUAUAUAUUCUGAAAUAUCAUUAAAUAUUCAUGUUGUCUUAAUUUUUGAAUUGGCCUUACUUUUUACAUUAUGCAUGUCAUAGUUCAUUAGGGGUAGGAUACUGUUGAAAUUAAAGUAGCCUAGACCUAUUUUUCUAUUUUUGACAAUGUAUUUCUUUAAUGUUUCCAUGGAACUAGGAUCUCAUCCAAAUGGGUAUUCCUUUCAUCAGUGAAAACAGCAGUGCAUAGAGGCCUUAUUUUUUCAGCAUGGUCACUAGGUGGUGCAGUGGUUAGAACACUGGCCUUGGAGUCAGGAUUAAUCCUGUUUAAAUCCUGCCUCGAACGUUUCCCAGCUACUUGACGCUGGGCAAGUCACUUAACAUCUCAACCUCAAGAAACCGUGUCUGCAAAAUUGGGGUAAUAGUACCUACCUCCUGUUGGUUGUUGUGAGGAUCCCAUGAGAUGAUCUGUAUGUAAAGGGCUAUAUAAAUGUUAUCUAUAAUGAUGAUGAUUUCCUGGAUACAGAUACAGCCUUUGAACUUUGUUAUCCCAUGCACUUUUUAUGUGAGCAAUUCUACAUUAUUUCCAAUCAUAAAGGCCUUUUGUUGAUGUCACUGUCAUUUAUUGCAUAAAGGUCAUUAUUGAAAAUA